CAUCGUCAAGAACAACAUCCACAUCAUCACCAUUAUCAUCAUCAUCAUCAUUAUCAUCCAGCACAUCUAACUACAGCAGCAACAACAACAACAGCAUUGCUAACAGUAGUCUCUGCAAGAGUGAAAGCUUAUCAUCGCCAGUGAAGACAGAAUCAAAAUGCCUACGGUCCGCAGCACCAAUUGUUUCUCUGCCGCAGAAACACAUUUUGAUGCUGUUUCACUUGAUGAUACGUUGCAGCUUUUUGGCAGUAAUGAUGAACCUAGCAAGUUGUGGAAAUUUCUGGAUGAAGUCUGCAAUUCAGAAUCUAAAAACCCAAUCUCUUCACAAUCAGUUACAGAUUCUUCGUGUUUUGGAGCUGCUGAGCUUCUCGCAAAAGAGGAUUCCAAUUCCAUGGUGGGGACCGCAACAACACAACUGGACUCCCUCAAUGAACUUAUAAAAUCUGAGCAUUUCUAUGUCAAGCCUUCCCCGUCUCUGUCUCCAGCUUCUGACAGUGGACCAAAGUCCCUGAUGGAAGUCUGUGAUAUCUUGCCAUGUGAUGCUGCUGAUGAAGGUGUGUUUGUAGAUGAGGAAACAAUAGUGCCAACAGUCAGCUCCAAUGUAGUUGUUCCUGACAUUUCUAACAUUGCUACACAAGAAUAUGAUGAUAUCAAAGACAUUGAUGACAUCACUGACAACUGUGUUGAUAACGACAACAGCAGCAGCGACAGCGAUGAUGGUAGUUAUGAUUUUGACCCCCUGGCUUUGCUGCAAGAUAUCCUGCAAGAGUCGGUUGGCAGCCGAGAAGGCAAAGAAACAUAUGAUAUUCUACAACUGGCAGAUUUAGAGCAUCUUGAUACUUCUGAUCUCGCUGAAGAAAACAACCCCAUCACCUCCCUUAUGCUUGAUACAAAACUGAGGAAAUCCUGUGACUCUACAGAAAGCGAAAUGAAAAUUCCCAUGGAAACAACUUAUAUGGAUCAAUUCAGUGACUCUGCCAGUGACUCUGGUAUAAAUAGUGAGCCUAGCAAUCCUGGGUCCCCUUACCAGGAUCAGUUGAUGACAAUCCCUUUUAAUGACAUGGAUCCCAUGGAUGACUGCUUGUUGCCAGAGAUAUUUCCUUGUCUCGUUUGAGCGGUGAUAUCUCUUUCUCUCUCUUCUUUCCAUCUUUUCCUUUUGAUUGAGCCAUUGCUUGUGAGUGGCUGAAUUAUUCUGACCGGUUCCCCUUUGAGCUGUGUUCUCCAAGAACUAAAGCUGAAGCAGAACUGAGCGAUAUUAAUUACUUAAUCACAUCUAGUGCUGAUUAAGCUGUACUAAUAGCUUAGCCAACUGAGGCAGUCAGCUUAUCUUUUGCUAACCACUUCUCUGUUAAGUUGUUAAGCAUCAUCUUAGAUACUACUUUACACCAAGUACUAAGACUUAGUGAAGUUAUUACUGACCUAAUCAUGUUUAGAACUAUCUCGUAUUCACAAAGCUGUAUCAUAAAUUAUUGAAGCUUGGCCUUUUGAUGCAAUCAGCCUAUCUCUUCAUUUCCUAAGACUUGCAGCAUCCUGGUGCAUUGUUUGGAAUGAGAUGAGUCUCUUAUUUUACAUACAUGGGGGUGCAAGUGGUUCUCACUGUAGCCCUAUGCCUUUCAGCAGUCACCACCAUCACUUCCACCAUGACAUUCUCGGUAGUUGAAGUAGUCAAGUAGUUAAAAUAUUAAGCUAAAAUCUCAAAAACUCGUCUGACAUCAACAAUUUCUGGAAUUUAGAUAUAUCCUAUGAGAGUAAUUUCAAAUUUUCUCACACUCACACAAAAGAGCAAAUAUAAUUUGACCUCUUUAUAACCUCCUUUACAUUUAUUCAUUUUGUUUUUCCUUUUCUAUUAUUUCUUCUUACCUCUUGCACCUUCUCUAAUCACUAUCAUUGAAAGUUUACAUUUAAUACUUAGGUUAAAAAAUUAAACUUAGCAUAUCACUACAGCCAUAUCAAUGCACAUAUAUCAAUAUAUAUAUAUAUAUAUAUUUGUCUCUUUAGUUCAAGAUGGAGUCCGUUUCCCUUUCAUCUUACAUUCCUUGACAUUAGUGGUACUGUUUUUGUUUCUAUUUUUACUUUUUCUUGUUACUUGAGACAGAUUGGUAGAAUCCAUAGCGUGGCCUUGACAAAUGCUUUGCAGUAUUUAGUUAUGUCUCCAGUUAUGUUCUGAGUUCCAAUCCUGUCCAUGGUCAAUAAAAUAAGAUACUCAAGUCCUUGGAAACUGAUACAAUCAGGUUUUCCUUUCAUUGCCCCUUCCACCCUUCCCCUAUCUCUAGACUUGUGCGAAAAGUAGAAAUUACUUUACAGCAAAAAUGGCCUUCAAUUUCAUGGGCUUAUAUCAUAUAUAUAUAUAGAUAGAUAGAUCAGUGCUCUGCAGGUGUUGUGCUGCAACACACACUGGUGUGUCAUGAGACGAUGCUAGGAGUGUCGGAGUGUAACCUGAAUAUAAUUUUUUCCCCUAUACAUUUAGUUACAUUUUUAGUUCAGGUGUGCCACUGAAUUUUGAAAAGAAUAUACAUGUACCUCAAAUGAUAAAAGGUUCCGGAACAGAUAUAGAUGUAUGUCUGUCUAUCUAUCUGUCUAUAUGUUUAUGUAUAUUAUGAAAAUAUGAUUUAUUUUUUUAUAGUCAUCUCGAUAUCAUAAUUCGUUUCAUAUAUUUAGCUCUUAUGAUUUAAAAAUAUAUUUAUUUUAUUACGGUUUAUUUAUCAAAAGUUUGUCUUGUUUUUUUUCCCCUUCUAUCAAAAUACUUCUUUCAUAUCUAAUGUAAAAUAGCUGUCAAUAGUAUUAUUUCUAGAAUAUUCUUAUAUCCAAGAGCACUGUUUUCAACUGAGUCACUGUAAAUAACAUUGUUAUUCAUAUGAAAAAUGAUUUUAUAAUUCCAUGUCAUACUCUUUGCAAUUGUAAAACAAAA